UAGAUCUUCUUUGUCUAUGUAAAAAAAAUGACAGAUCAUCAAACCACGGGAUUGGGGAUGUGAUUAUUUAUUUUGUUGAAUUUCUGUGAUAACAGGCUGGAUAUUCUUGCAAAUUUUUAAGUAACAGAGUGAUGGCUGAGACGAGCGGGGCACAGGCGAGUGCGUCGGCGUCGGCCCCAGGGGGCGACGCCGGAGGAGAGGACGACAAACAUGACGAGCGAAUGCUUGAGUGUAACAUCUGCUUGGAUACAGCUAGAGACGCUGUGGUCAGCAUGUGUGGACACUUAUUUUGCUGGCCGUGCCUGCACCAGUGGCUGGAGACGCGGCCCAGCCGCCAGGUGUGCCCCGUGUGCAAGGCCGCCAUCAGCCGCGACAAGGUCAUCCCGCUCUACGGCCGCGGGAACACCAAGCAGGAGGACCCCAGGAAUAAGGUGCCUCCUCGGCCCGCGGGGCAGCGCACGGAGCCCGAGAACAACAGCGGUUUCCCGGGUUUCGGCUUCGGCGACGGCUUCCACAUGUCCUUCGGCAUCGGCGCCUUCCCCUUCGGCGUCUUCACGUCUACCUUCAACUUUGGCGACCCGCGGCCUAGUGCAGCACCGCGCGGCACGGCGCAGUAUGAGGAGGAGCAGUUCCUGUCGAAGAUAUUCCUGUGGGUGGCCAUCGUAUUCGUGCUGUGGCUGGUGUUCGCAUGACCGCCCGCCGUCGACGUGGCGGCCGAGUGAUACUGACCCGAGCGGCCAUUCGCUCACUUUAAUGCCUACAAGGACAUCAGUAUCUCAUGACACACUAUUAAACAAUCUUGAUCGGACAGUGCAUUAGUGCCAACCUUUUCAGUCUUGAGGAUUUGUAAAAGUUAUGGUGUUGACCCUUUCAAAUUAGAAUCCCUUUAAUCUUUAGUAUGCCAGUAAAUACGUUGUAAAUAGAAUGAACGUUUAAGUCCACUUGGGCGCUAAUGAAGAACGCCAUUAGAUACUGUUUGUAUGUAGUUGCCUCUGGCUCGGUCGUUUACUGUGAGAGCGAAAGCGUACUGCUUUCGCGACUUGUUAGAUUAGAUUAUGCUUGCAAUAGUGGCAUACGAAAGAUUAAAAAGUUGUACAAUUUAUAAACAUACAUAUUAUAAGUGAAACUAACAGGACUUAUAACCUUGGUAGGCAUUAAUUUAAAUGGAUAUUUGCUGUAUAAUGUACCUUUAACUGGCUACGUCUGCUUAGUCAAAUUAGGAGCCGCUGCGGCCACGUGUUUUACUGAUGAAGUUGUAACGAUUCCCC